CAACCAUUUAAAAUAAAAAAAAAUGGUUUGCUUUUAAUUUAAACAUAUGUUUUUGAAACAUUAAGGUACCGGUUUAAUUUAUUAUGGUCGUUAAUUCCCAAAGAAUAUUUAUUCAGGAAUUAAUUGAUAUUGAUAAGAGACUUGAUGGUAGAACAAAAGAUGAAUAUAGACAUAUAAAUAUAAAUUUUGGGGCAGAAAGGGGUUCUUGUCAAGUUACAUUUGGAAAUACCAGAGUUUUGUCAUCGAUAUCAUGCCACAUUACAACACCUGCUAUGGCCUCAACUAGUGAGGGUAAAUUAAAGAUAGAAGUUAUUUCUCCUUUCACUAAUAAUGCACUUGAAUAUGAUAAAAGGAAUAGUGUUGAAGUUAGAAGAGUGUUGGAAAAAGUUUUUAAAAGUAACAAUACACUUAAUUUAGAAUCCUUGUGUUUAAUAGCUGAAGAAAAGGUUUGGCAGAUUCAGCUUAAUGUACAUCUUUUGAAUGAUGAUGGAAAUAUUAUAGAUUGUGCGUACUUAGCCUCAUAUAUAGCUUUUCAUCAUUUUAGAUUACCUCAAAGCUCUUUAAGUGGUACAGAUUUGAUCAUUUACCCUUCAGACGAAAGACAACCCAUCCCGUUGUCUUUCAAUCAUUCCCCUCAUUUAAUAUCCUGGCUAAUAUUUCCUUCCCACAACCCGCGCAAUCCUGGCUCCUUCGUGAUAGACGGGACGGCAAUAGAGAGAAGUAAUUGCACCGCUCAACUCACCUUAGCCGUAAACUUGUACAAAGAGCUUUGCUAUUUCAAAGUUCAAAAUAUUAACCCGGACGGGAACGUUGAUGGUAAUAGCAGUGGUAGCAGCAAUAGGAUGCACUGCGGGUAUCGUAUAGAUAAACAUAUGAUAACUCAAUACUCACUAAAGGCUUACGAAAAGGCAAAAUGGUUUGAAGACAUGGUUACAUCCGCUCUACAAAAAGAGAAUACUCUUAGAGAUGAUUGGCAUGGUAGUUCGGAAGAAUCGGAGUUAAUGAAACGUUGGGUUGAAAGAAACUUUUCAGUCGAUAUCAACAAAUCAACUUUAGAAAAUAGCUUCAACAAUUCGUGCAACCUAGACCCGUCUCUCAAUAACGUUAAAAAUGAAGAAAAAGUAAAAUCAAUCGGUAAACCAAUAAAAUCUAAAUAUAUCAACGCUUGGUUCAGUGACAUUCCCGAUUUAAAAUGUUUGGAAGAGAAGGACGAAAAGAAGCGAAAUAAAUUAGAUCGAUCUAAUAGGGGCAAAGAAACCAAUAAGAAAAGUGUUAGCGAUAAAGGAAAUACUGAGCCCGAUGAAGCCAAUGAUAUCGUUUUGAUAAAAGGAUUGAAUUUCAGGAUAGGUCAAAUCGACGAGAGUGAAAAUAGCGAAGAAGAGGCAAUCAUGAUGGAGUUGGGUGAUUCUGAGUUAGAAGAAAAAUACAAGCCAAAAAGUUCCCACAAAAAUAAUAUUAAAAAGAAAGCUCGAAAGAAAAAGGAUGAAGAUGAAUGAUGCACGCUAUAUACUGUAUAUUAAAUAAUAAUAUGUUUCAUUCACAAUAAAUUUUGCAUAUAAAAAUUA